AUGGCAGACUCGAUUAAUAUGCGGACUGUGCGGCGAAUAGAUGCUUCUGUGAACUCCAUCGUCUGCUCCGCAAAGCAGGUGCAAUUAUAUGAGCACGAAAACGGCAGCUGGGUGAAAGCUGAUUAUGCCGGCGGCUUCCAUAUUUGCUCAAGAGCUGCUUCGCCGUAUUUCACAAUGGUUAUUGUUACAAAAACAAGCACGAAGCUGUGGGUUGAACCGUUGUUACCAGAUCUGGAGUUCGAGCAUCAACCUCCGUUUCUUCUCUAUCGUACAAAGCACGUUUCGAUGCGUUAUUUCCGGCAGAAAUUCGAAAAUGAGGCCGACGAAAGCGUGAACCAUUCGGAUACCCCACCGUUGCUGACUCCGGCAAUGAUAGCGCUCCCAGAGUCUUGGAACACGUCCAAGUCGUCUGAUCGUGAGCGUUCUCUGCCACGCGACAUAAUUCCGAAUGACCUGAACCGGAUUGAAACGACUUUCGAUUCUCAGCCGCGUCGUGGGGGGCCUAUCACUCUGCAAGAAGUCCGGGAAGCUUUAUUGCACGUGGUGCAGCAUAACGACAUGGUUGUGCGAGAAGUCAUGGAAGUGAUCUGGGAGCGUCGGGGUCAAAGGCGACCCGACGGUGACGUGAAUUGGACAGCAAAUGGACGUUGGAACCAUAUACAUUUCUGAAAACCUGUCGCUUUCCUUUACAAGAAAGAAGGGAGGCACUUGGAGUUUUUCACGCGUUGGUAUUGUUGAGCUUCAUUGUUCGGUUAAAGCUAAUUUUUAAAACAGUUGGCAUCGAUUGAAAUAUUAAACGAUUUGCAUGGUAGCGAAAUCGUUUCGUUUCGUCUGAUGGAAAAAAUGUUCUCUUCGGCGCCGGUGUAAAGAAAAAGAAAUGUGCAGGGAAAAUCAGUGUCCGUUUCAGUGUGUCAUCUACCACAAAAAAGUAUCUUCCCCUUGAAUUUUGGCCUGUAAACUUUACGCUAUUGAUUGUCAUAAUGAGAAUCGUGUUCAAGACAAACUGUGGACUUCCGUUUCCUUUCAUUUGAAUGAGCAUUCCACGAGGAAGGGAAGAUUUCUACAUGAUUUACCUGUACUUUCCAUUCAUUCAAAAUUAUUUAAAACGCUUCUUGUUCAGAUUUCGCUCGGAGAGAAAGCAAUUGCGGGUUGACUUUUAGAUGCAGAAAUCCUCCAAAUCACGAAAUGAAAGUGGGAACUAGGAACCAAUCGACAAUAAUUUUGACUGACAGUCUUGAAUUCCGCAUAGGUUUUAAAACCCAUACUCAUUUUUUCUAAGUUUUCCUGGUUUCUGUGAUGAACCAUACGAAAUCUGAAAAUUACACACGUGGCGUUGCAUGCAGGAAAUUCUCACAGAUCGCAUCCACAAACAUGUUUCUAGUCUUCAGUUGAAUCAAAUUGAAUGAAAUGAUUUUAUAAGUAGAAAUGCUUUCCUGAAAAUGAUUGGACUUGUUUCUCGAACGGUAUUCUUAUGUGAUUUGCAAGACGUGUGAGAACCCUCGGUUAUCGCGCGUAUGCGUUAUGGAAGAUGCAUUUUUUUGUGCGAUAGAUGACACGCGAAAUCGGCAACGAAUUAUUAUUUUUUGUUGUUGUCAGAAACUGUGAGUUGGCGAGUUUCGUGGAGAAUUGAAUGCUCUGUUGUUGAAAAAAGACGCGGUGCGGAAAA